UGUCAGCUUGUGAAGUUCAGUAACUUAAAGGGUGUUGAAACAGCUGGAUGUGUUGGAAACAUGUGUGGUUUUGGUGAAAUUGAAGCCUGGUAUAUGGAUGAAUCUGAUGAGGAUCAGAGACUCCCUCACAAAUGUAACCCGAAUCAGCCCGUGUCACUUAAACAGCUCGAGCACAUUGGAGUUUAUUACUGGAAGUUAAAUGCAGAUAUUUAUGAAAAUGACCCGGAACUGCAGAAGAUUCGUGAGGACAGAGGUUAUUCCUAUAUGGAUAUCAUAACUAUUCACCCUGAAAAACUUCCUGAAUAUGAGAACAAGGUGAAAAUGUUUUAUGAAGAACAUCUUCACCUGGACGAUGAGAUCCGCUACAUCCUUGAUGGAAAGUCUUACUUUGAUGUGAGGGAUGAGAAUGAUCGAUGGAUCCGAAUAGCUAUGUCCAAGGGUGACCUCAUCACGCUCCCAGCAGGAAUUUAUCACAGAUUUACUGUGGAUGAAACUAACUACACUAAAGCCAUGCGUCUGUUUGUCGGUGAACCAGUGUGGAAGGCUUAUAACCGCCCGGCUGAUGACUUUGACAUCCGCAAGGCCUAUGUGAACUCGCUGAAGUGCUCCUAAAAUGAUUGUUUCAUUCAGUACUGAUCUGAAGUCUGUAUUUAGACACAUUAACACUGAUAGGGUUGCUAACAUAACUGUGAUGUUCAAGAGCAGUGCAUUUAUUUGUAACACUGUUUACAAUCAUGAACAGUAAUGGUUUCAUUUACAGUCUCCACUGUGAUAUAUUGUAUCCGUCAAUACUGAUGUUAUAUAGAGGAUUUUUAAAGGUACAAAUAUGUUGAAAUGAUGAAAGAUGGCUUACUGUAUAUUUUGUCAAAUUAAUUCAGUUUUAUAAAAAAUCUUAAGAAACAAAUGUUUACUGUACUGUAUUCAUUUUUUCUGUAUUACACUGUACUGUCUUACGGGUUCAACUAAACCUUACAAAGACCUUAGCUGGUAGUUCAUCAUUUGUCC